GUGAGGAAAGACCGCAGUCUCGCGGUCCACUGGCUUUGAGGAGUUUUAAGAAAUAACCGGCUUUCUUCGUGUCAGUUUAUCGCGCCCCUUCGUCGAUAUCAAGCCCAUUCCUUAUCCGAUUUAAACCUGUUUACACGUGUAGCCACUGCGCAGCUCUAAGGCUCGUAUUCCAGAGUGAAGAGUAAGCUCUUUCUGAGGCACCUGAGGAAUUCGCGAGCGAGCCAGAAGCGCCUUGCCUCGUGAGUUGCGUGCGCACUCGCGCGCCUUCUCAAUCCAUCGGUUUUCAGCGCGAAUUAAUCAAUUUGAUGCCUAUGAGUGAGCGUGAAGGACGACAUAGUGCGGCGUCCCCGACUUCAGACGCGUUGUGAUCGUCUUGCUGCAAAGCCCCUCUGAUAAUGCUUGCUUAUUACGAUCAGAUGACACUAACACGUGCUGUCAUAUCGCGCUGGCUCAGUUCCAAAAUUAAUACGAGAUUACACUUUGCCUGGGUUGAAGUGACUUGUUAAUAAGAAAAGCAGCCAGGGAGUUUGUUUCCAGUUCUCCGCUACCAGUAUCUCACGACUUCUGCCAACAAUGAGAUUAAAAGGAUUAUUUUUCAUAUUUAUUUGGGGGGCGUUAACUGCUUAUUACAUUUAUACACCUGUGCCGGAGGAUAUCGACGAGCGAUGGAAGCUUGUGAUCACUGACUGUUUCUUCAGGACUCUCAGCCACCUGGCAGACUUCAGUGAGUUGCUGGGCCUGCGGGACUACAUGGGGGUGAUGAUGUUCAUCACCUUCGCGGAGGCGGUGGUGCCCCUGUCGGACGAGCGAGUGCUGGUCACUGAGGAGCGCUUCGACGGGGUGGAGGUGGUGCUGUACCAGCCGGCCGAGCACGAGAGCAGCGGCGCGGAGCUCAGGAGAGCCGUCGUCUACAUCCACGGAGGAGGGUGGUGCCUGGGAAGCUCCAGAAUGAGUCCCUACGACCUCUUGGCUCGUCAGAUGGUGACGGAGCUCAAUGCGGUGGUUGUGUCUGUGGAAUACCGCUUGGCCCCAGCGCACCACUUCCCGGUGCCGUUUGAGGACGUGUACCAGGUGGUGAAGCACUUCCUCCAGGCUGGAGUUCUGGCCCAGUACCAGGUGGACCCGGGACGGAUUGCCGUGUCAGGGGACAGCGCUGGGGGCAACCUGGCUGCUGCCGUCGCCCAGCAGCUGCAACAGGAUCCCGAGCAGCAGGUGGAGUUGAAGGCCCAGGUUCUGUUGUACCCGGCGGUUCAGGCACUGGACCUGAACACGCCGUCCUACCGGCAGAACCAGCACAUGCCCAUCCUGCCCCGCACCCUAAUGGUGCGCUUCUGGAGCGAGUACUUCACCAGCGACAAGUCCCUGUUCCAGGCCAUGCUGGCCAACGCACACAACGGGCCCGAGUCUGCCUCCCUGCUCAAGUUCGCCGACUGGGGCGCCUUCCUGCCUGAGCGCUUCCGUGGCGGCUACAACUACACGGCACCGCCGGUGGUCUCUACGGCGACCACCACCACCCCGGCGGUACCGACGACGGCCGACGGCGUGCUGCGGAGGAUGAGCGACCCGCGGGCCUCUCCGCUCCUGGUGCCGGACGCGUCCCUGCGCGGCCUGCCCCGCGCCUACGUGCUGACCUGCGAGUACGACGUGCUGCGCGACGACGGCGUCAUGUACACCACGCGGCUGCGGCGCGCUGGGGUCCCCGUCACGCACGAACACUACGCGGGCGGCUUCCACGGCGCCCUCAUGUUCACCACGUGGCCCGCGGAAUUCGCCAUCGCCCACCGCAUGACAGACAACCUCCUGCACUGGCUGAAGACCAACCUCUGAACAUACAUACACUCCCAUGCCACCACCAACAUCAUCAUCAACAACGACAACAACACAUCUCCAACCUCUGAACAUACAUACACUCCCAUGCCACCACCAACAUCAUCAUCAACAACGACAACAACACGUCUCCAACCUCUGAACAUACAUACACUCCCAUGCCACCACCAAC